CCGCCAUAAUAUUAUAGAAGAAGAAGUAAACGGAAGUCAACAGUGACCAAAAACACAUUCCACGUUAGCGUUUUUAUUGUUGUUUAGACGUUUAUUAACACCCUAGAACUCAAAAUAUGAAUAAUUGAACUACACAGCAUUACAUACUUACCUCAGGUAGUGUUUAAUUCGCGUUGGAGACAGGGCUUGGUUGAUAUAUGUUAUAGCUAGCAAUGGCUAACGGUAUGGCUUUUCACACUCAAAUAGCCUCCGUCAUGGAGGUGCUAGCGAAUGCAGCCGUGGCAGAGAUCUGUAAACUCGUAGACGACGACUAUGCAGUGUUUCGUUUGGAAAUAACUAAAAGCCAGAAAGAAAACGGGGCAUUGCGGAGGAAACUACAGCUACUGGAACUAAAGGUGGCACGGGAGCGGGCAGAGAGAACAAUACGAGAGCGCGUCCUUUCCAGUCGUCCCAGUAGUGUCAAGAUCGUCGACCGAUACAGAGGAAUGGCAAAAGGUGGACAUCUCACUGGAGGCCACAGGAGCUUUGUGAAGCCAGCGGGACACAAUACAUGGAGCAAUGACCAACCAAUCACUGUGGAUGAGGGCAGUGAAACGUCAACUCAGAAUGUUAUCUUGAUAGAGUCUGAAGAUGCAGAGGCUGCAGGUCCUGGAGGAUUGUCUCUGGUCAAGCAGGAGAGGACUGAAGGAGAAGAGGACCCACGGCACAACAGAGACAUCCAGACUGAAGCAGCGGAUGGAGCGUCCCCUGUAGCCACAGAGGACCCCACCACCGCCCCAGCGCAGCCCAGGAUCCAACGCAGCAUCACGGAGGUCAGUGGAACGCUGAACACCGUCCUCAAGUCAGAGACAGACACCAAGACUUUAACUGUAACACACAGGCUCUUACACACAGGAUCUGACCACAGAUCAGACCCAGAGAGACUGGGGCGGGGGAGACUGGGCUGUCUUCCUGCUCCCGGCUCAGAGUAUUUACCGGUAUUUCACCAGAGCCAGAGGACGGUUCAUUCCCGUGAAGAGGGUGAUGGUGACACGUUAGACACUAGCGGUGAUGAUUUGUCUUGUUCUUACGCAACAGAGAUGGACCCUGGCAACAUAUCCUUGGGUUUAGAGACACAAACUGAUCUGUCUAGAGGGGACUGGAAUCGGUAUAGUAGUAGUGUAUACUCUGAAGGGUGCCUAGAUAAGAAAGCGGAGGGUCUGGUCGUAGAUGAGGUGACUAUGAAAGUGGAGGGUGACGCUCCUCCCACAUGGAAUGCAGAUAGUCACCUAGGAGAUGGAUACUCACAGGGCAGAGAUUUCUUACAUUACAGGGAAAGCUUAGAGACAAAUCCAAAUGUCACGACCCACUCCCCUUUACACGCAUUCAGGGAUCCCGACCCAGUGUCCAUGUCGUUGGGGCUUUCUGAUUCACAUAGCCACGUCCUUUUCGAUCAGUUAUUGAACUCAAACGACCAAAGGGCAAAGGCUCGGGGAGGGGGAGAAACAUCAGGCAAUACUAAAGAGAAGCGGUUCCUCUGCAUGUUCUGUAACAAAGGCUUCAGCUGUCCCCAAAAGGUGGAGAGGCACCAGAGGGUCCACACAGGGGAGAAACCCUACAGCUGCCCACAGUGUGAGAAGAGGUUCUCCCGCCAGGACCACCUGAAGUUGCACCAGAAGGUCCACACAGGAGAGAAACCCUACAGCUGCCCCCCAGUGUCACAUGCGCUUCACCCAGGCUGGCAACCUGAAGAUGCACCUGAAGGUCCACACGGGAGAGAGGCCGUUCGCCUGUACGCACUGCGGGAAGAGGUUUUCAGAGAGGCGAUACCUCAGGAUACACCAGCAGAAAAACCAUUCCACUCUAUAACAUAGAAAGUAACCAUUCCACUCGAUAGCUUCUGACGUUUAGAUCAAACCCUGCAUUAAAGACAAAGAUGAAUUUUCAUUGUUGUCAACAGAAAAGAUCCACAGAUGCAUUUGGAAUAACCAGAGUAACAGAUUUUAAUGUUGAAUAUUCCUGGGUAGAAUAUUGCAUCCAGACAUUGUGAUGUACAAAACAUUAGGAACACCUGCUCUUUCCAUGACAGACUGACCAGGUGAAA